CUUCAUACUUUAUAUACUUUAUCACGAAGAUUGCCGGAUCAAGGACUUGACUAUUGGUUGAGGCCCUGUGACAUAUAUUUCUGUUCUCUGCGCCUAAUAGGGCCCCAGGUACCAGCGCACGUGACGAACAGUCGUACACGGCGUAUUGUAGUGACGUCAGUGUCAAGGCUACGACGUGUGGAAGGAAGUUUUUACAAGGACGUCCACUCAUCCUGUGCACAUCCGCCGCCAUGCCACGUUCGCUUGUCGGGUAUGCCAAUUUCUUGGCACUUCUCUUGGUCGGGAUGCUGGCCAUCGCUACAGCGCCAUUGCCGCGCUACGUACCUCGGGGACGUCCCUUGUCCCUGGGACAACCUCCACCCUUAGCUCGUGCCUUGGCGCGCUACGAACCCCGACCGUUAGGUGACGAAGCAUCACGAGCGGCCCGUAGCUCUAACGACCUGGGUAUGGCUUUGCUCCGUACCCUGCCCAAAGAUGAGAACGCUGUGCUAUCUCCGUUGAGCAUCGCCACGAGCAUGGCUAUGCUGUACCCUGGAGCCAACGCAGCUACCCGGGCCGAACUUUCCAGCAGCCUAGGGUACGAGCGGCACGGACUUGUACACGUGGCCCGAGGCUUCGGCUCGCUCCGUAACCAGACUGCACAAGGGAAAGGCUACAGGUUAGUCGAGGGCAGCGCACUUUUCCAGCACUCGGAGUACAAAAUAGACAAGGAGUAUGCCAGAGCUAUUCGGGACGAUAUUGGUGCUCAGAUAGUUACUACAGACUUUGAAGACAUCGAGCGAACGAGGCAGACUAUUAAUGAACUGGUCAGAGAAACAAGCCAGGGUCUUAUCUGGCCUGCUCUGAACGAACCCUUGCACCCCGACACGCGGCUGGUGCUCAUCAACGCAGUUUACUUCAAAGGGUUCUGGGAAAAGCCAUUUAGCGUGAGCUCUACAUUUAUGGGAACCUUUAUGAACCACGGCACAGAUCCUCAACCAGUGCGGAUUAUGUACAUGCGAGAAUCGUUCUUCAUAAAGCCUCUCCCAGCAAUCGACGCCAAUGCUAUAUUACUUCCUUACGAAGGGAACGGUGCCGCCAUGCUGGUGGUCCUGCCAAAGUUGCCGACUGGAGUGGACGCCCUGCUGAACACGCUGUCCGUAACGGACCUGGUGAGCUCAUUGCACACAUUCACAAAUGUCUCCCUGGACUUGUUUCUACCCAAGAUGGAACUGGAAGCGUCGUACAAGCUCAAGGAUGAGUUGAGCUCGGUGGGUGUUAGUCGCGUGUUCAGAAAAGGAGAACUGACGGGCAUCGGGUCCACGCUGCAGUUAUCGGACGUUCUUCACCGUGCUAAGGUGAACGUAGACGAACGGGGCACGGAAGCCGUGGCACUCACCGCCCUGCCCGUGAUCUCGUACAGCGCUUAUCCAAACUUCUACGUAUCGCAUCCCUUUCUAUUUUUCAUCAUUCAUCGCUCUUCAGGAACAGUUCUCUUCGCGGGCAAGGUCGUCCAGCUGCCAUAGUUAACGGAGCGGUUGACCGUCUUCGCGGUAACAAGCUUCUGUAAAGUAUGACGUCGACCGUGGGACCAGCUCUAUAGUGGAGCACUAUGUGAAGUACACGGACUGGAUUAAUGCGGAUUCGUUGAGGACUGCUUUCGCCCUAAGUGAUCUGGAGAAAUGAUCUGUGUGUGCCCUGACGGGCGGUUCGGAUAUCACCGCGGUGGCAAAAGCUAUGGUCAGACAGGACACAGAAAGAGCAGCCGCGCUUUUUCAGCAACCCGUGUUUCGUCGACCUGUGUUUAUUGUCACUGUGGGUGUCCCGUGCAUUGCGCACCAUGGUGUUAUACGCACACGUGAGAAAGAAAAUAAAUGGCCAAAGUGUAUCGAA